AUGCUAUUUACAUUAAUUCCGGAAGGUGGUGCAACUUCAAGAAUUUUUAAUCGAGGUCUACUUUUAAGUCAGGGAAUAAAGUUACCCGUCAAUAAUCCAAACCCGUAUUUCCCGUACCCUUCGUUCAUCAAAAAUUUGGCGUAUGGAGAAUUAAUUAAUUCUAUAAGAAAAUCCGGUGUAUUUGAUAAAAAAGAGGAAAAACAAGAUUCGCUUGCAUUAUGGUUUGCGUUGACGGUCGUAUUUGAAGUUUUUAAAGAUUAUGGCGUGUCACUUCAUUCAAUUAAUUUUAAAAUGCAAAAAAAUAAUCUGGAUUGGAGACUGUGUCAUUUGAUUGUAAAUCAACAGUUUUCGUCGUUGGUUUCUAAUUUGAAAUCAGUAACGUUGGUCGAUUAUUUCCCAAAGGAAGUUUUGUUCUUGCAAAUUGCUAACACAUGCAAGAAUUUAGAAAAAAUUGUCGUAUGGACUCUCGGCGACCACAAAAACAAGAUACAAAAAGCACGACAAAAUCUCGCGCACUUAAUCAGCUCUCAAUGUCAUCUAAAACAACUGGAAAUUUCUUACGUCCACGGCCACGCAACUCCACUAAUGCAAUCUCUCGCAUCGCAAGCAAAGACGUUACAGCGCUUUCGGCUGUAUAAUGUGAAUUUCGAUAAAUGCUGUCCGUGGGAUGCAUUGGCCGAAUGCAAACAACUGGAAUCAUUGGAAAUUCUUUCGUAUCACAAAGUCAAUGAGAAUAUGGUGCAUCCGUUAAUUGAUGCCAUAAAUCAAAUGAAAAAUUUGAAAAUGGUCGAGUUUAUUCCGUAUAGUAUGGGAGGAGAGAGUGCAUCAUUGCAAAAAUUGCGGAACGUACUAAAAGAAGUGGAAAAUAAUUAA